GCUAGAGAUAGAAUAUAUUUAAUAUGAAUAAAAGAUACAAGAUAACAUUCAGCUGGGACCACGCCCGCAAGGCCGAGCUAUGCCAUCCGAUCAACUCGGACUAAUUCAAUUUAUUUUUCGUGCCUUAUGGUAACCCUCGCGUUAUUAAUAGAAGAAACCAGACUGGUAGGAAAAUAGGUCUUUAUUUUGAUCUUCGCGCAGUCACAGUGGAGCGUGGGAUUCCUUACUCAGACAAACAAAACCUCUCAACAAGCAAUAUAAGAUAGAUAGAAAUAUAACGCCUAAACAAAAUAAAGAAGUGAAUAAAUAUCUGAACUAUGCUGUUUUGAUAUAUGCUUAGUUGCUUGAGAUUAACUCUUGACAUCCAACCUAAGCUGUUACAUUAGCUUCCCCCUAGAAUCAACUUCCGUAGGAACGUCGGUUCGAUAACCUAUUUAUCAAAAGCAUUUAAGUUCUGUUUCCGCAGUCCAAGGGAGGAUUAUCAACUCGCUCACUAUGACUUCAAAUCAAUGACAACUCCAUCGGUCCGUGGAUGUCUCUUCAUUUGCCAUCUUAUUUUGUAGCAUGCAAUUUUUACUACACUAUAGCUGACGGUUUGCAACGUGCUCGCAAGAGAAAGAGUUUGAGAAAAUGGAACAAGAAUGUCUGAGGAAGUGCCGCGAGCGGGCUACCCAACACCACGUUGGUGAGGUACGAUUUUUCCAUGCUCUGUCCUGCUAUCAGGUGUUUACUCACCUGCCUCUUGAGUCGCCCUCAAGUAAAAAGUAAAGAAGAGUCUACUUCAAAGGUAAUGAUGAAAAUCAACAAAACCUGAAGAACUGCUCCACUGCCUGCAUAAAAUAAUAAGGUAAAAAAUGUAAAUACAUAAAUAUAGUUGAUAAUUAUUCGGUUUCACGUGUUUUGCCUCGAGAAAGGAUUGCUCGUCUGCAAGGAAAUAGAGAUAGUGUAGACAUCUUGUGUACGAAAAAGUAUAAACACAAAACAAGAAAAAUACUCUUUUUGAAUGCAUAUAUAUAAAUAUGUGAACUUGCCAGAAGUCGGAUUCCUUACUAAACCUAAUCCGCCGUAUGACUUUAAAUCUACGGUGACCACCUAUUAUAACCAGGUAGGUAACCAAGGAUGCUAAGAGUAUUCCACAAAACGGAAAAUAUACGGUGAAAGAGGUAAAACAUUUAUGAAGAGUACGAGAACCAAAUACAUUUGUGUCAAGUACCCUUCAUAAAUGUUUUCCCUCUUUCACCGUAUAUUUUCCGUUUUGUGGAAUACUUUUAGGCACAGCAAAAACGUUAUGACCGUUCGAAGCUGCCCGCGCUUUCGUUUCAACGACCUUGAACAGCCUGACAAGAGGCGGUCAUUCCGUAUUUCUAUUGCCGUGGGUUGGUUGGGUUUCAUGAGUGUCAAGUUUUUUCAUAAUUAAGUCAUGUUUUGCUGCAUUGAAAAGCACAAAAUAAUUAUCAAACGCAUUAAUUUAGCAUUCUCUUUCUUGUAGUGUACACGUUGGCUCUGUUGUUGCUUCAUAGUUUGAUCUGUGGUCCCAACUGCUGUAGUAAGCCUCUACGAAAUGUCAAAUCAACGGUAAAUCCUAAGUAUUUAUAGUUCUUCCUUGAGUUAUUACUGUUUCAAGGAAUUAUUUUUUUAUAAACAGUGAUUUUUGUUUGUAGUGCUUCGUGCUCAAGCGACAUUUCAGUCGUCCUUAGCGAACCUUUUCAAAGUAUGAUACUGAACAAGCGUUUUGCAUACUGGGAUGACUUUGAUAACGCCCUAAAAGAGUUCCAAAAAGUAUGGAAGAGUGAUUUUAUCAUUUCUCAGACUACGUGCACUCAUUACAUCCACGCAGAAAGCAGGUUGCUGAAGGAUGUCAGAUUCAAAUACCUGUUUGUUGCUUUUCAUUGUACAUUUGGUCAUAAGCGGAAAUCAGAAGGUUUGAAAGUGAAUCAAAAAUCGUGAGAACUUUAGCUAAUAUGUGACGUUUAAGGUCUAAAUUCCUUAAUUGUCAAUCAAAGUUCCGUGUACGACUGGAGGCGGAAGGAUAUGUCAUCAAAUCCUACAAGAUGCUCCACAAUCAUCCAUGUAGUAGUUCAUGGAUGGUUUGUAAUCCAUGGACAAGAAGAUUAUCGUCGGAAGAAAAAGAGAAUUUGAAGCCAGUCAUUUUGCAGUCGCAGUCAACUGAUGAAAUUAUAGAAUGUGUCAAGGAGAGAACUGGUAAGGUGGUCACUGUUGUUGAUGUCAAGUCUAUGAAAGCUGAACUCUCCACAGGUAAGUGUAUAAAAGUAUAUUUCAGGUUGUUGUACGCGUAAAAAUGUUAUGGAUUUGUUGCGACAGAAAGGUGAAGUUAGGGAACAUUUAGAAAAUGGAUAUGUAACGAGAAUAUGUUUCAGUAUUUAUGACCAAAUGCACUUGUACAAUGAAUAUCCGGAAGUUGUUUGCAUUGAUUCUACUUAUAAUACCAAUAAUAAGAAGUGAUUGUUCUUUUGCUUGUAUUCUAUUUUGUAGAUAUUCCUUAUUUCAGUUGGUUGUAACGGAUAACUUUGGUCGAGGACGUACGGUCAUGUUUGCCUGGACGCUAAAGGAAAUGCGUGCAGAUGUCACCUGGAUUCUAGACAAAUUCAAAGAAAUCAUGGGAACAACAAGACGGACAGAAACAUUUGUUAUGGACUGUGCACGAUCAGAAAGCGCGGCUGUCCGUAUCACACACGGGCACGCAAACAUUAUUCUGUGCGCUUUUCACGUAAUCCGCGCUUUCCGCAAAAAGACACGUGACAAAAUCGUGAGAACGUACCUCAGUCGAUUGGUAAACGCUAAAACGGUUGGACGGUAUUUUUUUGAAAUGUAUUUAUUGACUAGAUUUAAUCAAUAUUUCAGAAUAAUUAACCAAAGGGACAGGCAGCUAGCUCAAUAUCUUCAUCGAUUUUGGAUGUCGCGUAAAAGUAUGUGGGCUCUAGCGUUUUACGGCAAUGUUUUAACAUUGGGCAAUAACACAAAUAAUCGUGUUGAGUCUCUCAACCGUCAGAUUAAAAGGUAUGUGAAGAGAACAGAUAGUUUAUAUAAAUGCAUAUACAAAGUUAUCAAAUGGAGUGCAAUGACGUCAUCUAGAAAAAAUAUUGAAGAUCAAAUAACAGCCUUAAGGUCGUGUACAUAUGAAGCCCCACAGCGUUUGAUUCCGUUGUUGAAAAUGCUUACGCCAUACGCGCGACGUAAAGUGCUAUACGAACUUAAACAUAUGCGUUUUGUUUCUGUGGGAUAUGAAGCCGGAGACUGGGUGUCUAUUGUUGAUUGCGGGAAGCAUUAUGCAGUGGAUCUAAAUACUAUUGAAUGUGAAUGUAGUACAUUUCUUAUAUGUCGAUACCCAUGCCGCCAUCUGCUACUCGUAUAUUUUAAAAGACGAACUCUUUCAGGUAAGCUAUAUUGAUUUUGAAAUAUAAAUUGUAUAGCUAAUGAACUUCUUAGGUACU